GAAAUACUUAACAGAAAUCCAUUUGGAAUGACAGUGUGUGCAGAUCCUGGGUGGCAGAAAAGAGGAUUUGAUAGUUUAACAGACUUUUAAAGAACAUGGCCUGUCUCCAGGCAGUUACACUGUACCAUACAACUUAAAGAAAGAUAUGGAAAGAGAAUGUUGUCAACAGAAAGCAACACAACUAGAUAAAAAGUUAAGACGCCUUCAGCUCAAGGAAGAAAGAAUGACAUCUAAAGGAGCAUGUGAAGCAUCUGAAGGAGCAACCUAUGACUCAGACAUUAGCCUUGGAGAUCAAGAUGCAGAUAUCCACCAGAUACCAAAUGCCACACCAAAGCCAACAUUUUUAAAAGUUGAGGGACUUAUAAACACUACAACAGCCUUCAUUAUAAUGGACUUAGAAACAACUGAUUUGAUUAGGCAAAAUGUUAUUCCUCAUAUAACUCAGAUAGCCGCCGUAGAACAUGAAACUGGCAGCCACUUUUCCUGUUAUGUGGUACCAAAAGCUCCAAUGUCAUCAGGAGCUGAAGAAAUAACAGGAAUUGUGUGGAAUGGGACGAACCUGAGACUAAAUGGCAGAGUUGUUGCUGCAUUACGGAUAUUUGAAGCGCUCAGUAAUUUUUUCUUAUGGCUGCAGAAAUUCAAUAAUGCUGUUCUUAUUGCCCAUAAUGGAAAAAAGUUUGACUUUCGUAUUUUGUCAAAUGCAGCUGACAAAUGUAAAUUAUUCAAUCUGUACUUGGAAAGCUGUGUUGGCUGUAUUGACAGUAUUGCUGUUAUGAAAUCCAAGAUUCCAAAACUUCCAAAAUAUUCUCAACCUUACUUGGCAGAACAUGUUUGCAAUAAACAUUAUAAUGCACAUAAUGCACUGGAUGAUGUGUCAAUGUUGAAUGAAAUAUUAAAAGCAGCACAAGUUUCUUCAGUUGACCUCUUAAAGCAUACAUACCCACCUGGUGAUCAUUUGCUCAUCAAACUUUAAUAUGAAUAAGCUUAAGAAUUUACCCAGCCUGCAUUUUUUAAUUGGUCAGGGUGUGGUGAAAAUGACCACUGCAGAAAAUAUUUCAGGAUCUGGUUUAAAUUUUGACCACUUGAAACUUAUCUGGAAACGUGAAGGCGAGGAUGGACUUUCAAAUGUUUUAUCUGCCAAAAACAGUAUUGGUAAAAAACUUGUAUGCUCGUUUGUUCAGAAGCUGUCUCAGCUUUUUGCAGACACAUCUUGUGACUAAAUACUUUUAAACACAAAAUUGAUGUUAUACAUGUAGUUCAAUUUUUUCAAGUGACAUAUCUUUAUAGAUAAAGUGAAGUCAAAAUAAUGUUAUGCCUUUUGGGAAUAAUGUGACAAUCAAGACAAAAUAUAAAUUAUUUUUGCAAAAAAGAUUGUAAAUGCUGUAUUUUACGAAAGUUUCAACUCAUUUUUCUG